AUAAAUUCAAAAAAACAUUAAACUUUUUUGUUGAUAAACAGUUUUUUCUGUGUACCCUUGCCCCAUCCCUGCCCACCUGCUGCUUCAUCCCGGUCUUGGUCUUCUCUUCAUCCUCAUCUCGAGCUCCACCUUCGCGCAUGCGCAGACGACUGACUUCGUUUGAAGUUCUGUUGACUGAUGUUGUUGCUGUUGUGCCUACGUUGUUGUUGCUGAAAGUGGUUAAUGAAAGAAGCACACACCACUGAAUGCGUGUAUAGAGGCAUCCUAUAUGGUAUAUGCCAGCAGCAGAUGCCAAGACAACCUUGAAAUGUAUAGCAGGGUCCAACGAACGAAUAUAAAAAGGUUCUUUGGUUCUUCGCUUCUUGGCUGCUACAUUCUCCUUUUUUGUUCUCCAAGAAGCUCCAAGAAUACCCGAGAACCCGAGAACAGUAAGAAACUGCUAACUGGAAAUGCCCCAACCUGGACGAAUCUCUGGGGAAUCGCGGCAGCAGCUCCAGAAAGCAAGAGUGCUCGAUAUGGGGUUAUUUUUAAACAGCCAGGCGAGUGCACAAAUUAUUCAGUUGCCCUCACUCUCGGAAGUUCCGGAAGCAAACGCAGGACAAGGUUCGACUGGGCGGUAUUAUAUAAGGGAAUACCAUCCGAGUGCAGCAUCAUCAGUUACCCAACAGUUGCCUCGCAAACCAUAUCCACAUCCCUACCAGCCCACAAUGAAAGUAAUCCUGGUUCUGACUUUCCUGGCGACUUUGGCUUUUUCCCUGGCUCUUCCCCAGGUCGGACAUGGAUCUGUUAAUGGACCCAGUGGGCGCUUUCCUAUGACUAAAAACUGGGCGCAACCUCCGGUGGAUCUGGGAAAACCCAUUAUCCUCUUGCCAGAGGCCACUCCCAUCCAUGAAGCCCAGGAAUCGCGACCGGGACAGACCAGACGUCGCAAGAGUGGAUAGAUCUCUAGGAACACUACUAAAUUAAUUAGUCUAAUAACUAUUAGAAUGUUAAAUCCUUAUAAAUAAAAUCUGUUGCGUUCUUAAAAA